CUGCCCGGUGGCGGCUCCGCCAGCGGAGCCGUCCCAGCGGGCGGCGGAGGCAGCACCGACCGCCCCCGGCCCGGCCAUGUCGGAGCCCGGCGCCCCCGCGGCCGGUGAUAAAGCGCCCCGGCUCCAGGACCGUGUCCUUCGUGGGCUGCGCUGGGGCCGCCUCCAGGAGCCGCUGGGUUUCAUCAAGGUGCUGGAAUGGCUCUUUGCCAUCUUCGCCUUCGGCUCCUGUGGCUCCUUCAGCGGUGAGACCGGAGCCACAGUGAAAUGUGACGGUGGAGGGAUGACAGCCAUCAGCAUCCAGUUCGGGUACCCCUUCAGGUUAUACCAGAUUCCCUUUGGGAUGCCCAAUUGUGAGGAUGAAUCAGAAGCCCGCACCCUGUACCUCGUGGGCGAUUUCUCCGCUCCCGCCGAGUUUUUCGUGACCCUGGGGGUCUUCUCCUUCCUCUACUCCAUGGCUGCUCUGGUGCUCUACCUCCGCUUCCAUUCCCUGUACACGGAGAACACGAAGCUCCCGUUCACAGAUUUCUGUGUCACCGUCUGCUUUGCCUUCUUCUGGCUGGUGGCAGCAGCGGCGUGGGGCAAGGGGCUGAGCGACGUGAAGGCGGCCACGCGCCCCUCCGCCCUCAUCGCUGCCAUGGCCGUGUGCCAGGCCGACGGCGUGCUCUGCAACGCUGGCACCACGCCCGCCAUGGGGCUGGCCAACAUCUCGGUGCUCUUCGGGUUCCUCAACUUCCUGCUGUGGGCCGGGAACUGCUGGUUCGUGCUGCGGGAGACGCCGUGGCUGCGGCCGCCCGCGCCCCGCGACAGCGCGGCCGAGCAGGGCGCCAUCGACAAGCAGUGACCAGGGGGACCCAGCCCGGGGGGACCCAGCCCGGCCCCCGGGACCUCGCGCCGGCCGCCAGCCCGGGGACCGGGUGUCGCUGUCCCCGGGUUGGAGCCGCCGGGGGUUCGGAUGCUGCAGGGGGACACGGAAUCCCGGGGGUCCUGCUCGGUGUCGGGGGCUCCGUGUCUCUGUGGGGCGCAUAAAGUCCU